GGAACCCAACAACAUCCACAACCAAUUCCGAGUCCCAGAAUCCACAUCUCAUCUCCUCCAUCAGUUCCGCAGAUCGCACGAACUCUCGUUGAGCAGCUCAUACCGGACUAGCUAGCUAGCCGCGCGCUCAUGGUUUUGUCUAUGAAGCACUGCAGAGAUCAGGCCCAGGAGGUGCCCUUGUCCCUCUCGCUCUCCCUCGGCGCCAUGGCCGACCGCACCAAGAAGCAGCGCCGCGGCGUCGCUGCCGGCGAGUUCGUGUGCAAGACGUGCAGCCGCGCCUUCCCGUCGUUCCAGGCGCUGGGCGGGCACCGGACAAGUCACCUGCGCGGCCGCCACGGGCUCGCGCUCGGCCUUGCCGCCGGGAUCAAUGAGCCGUCGUCGACCAAGAAGACGGUGGACCAGAAGCAGGCGCACCAGUGCCACGUCUGCGGGCUUGAGUUCGAGAUGGGCCAGGCGCUCGGCGGCCACAUGCGCCGGCACCGCGAGCAGGAGUCCGCCACCACGGCGCAGGCACCGCCCGUUCUGCUCCAGCUCUUCGUCUAGCACCGCACUCAUUUCUCUCAAGUUCAAUACACUAGCUAGGCAUAUCUAGUUCUAGUCCAGAUUUACAGGUUGAUCUAUGUGCGCGGUUUGGUUUGUACAUUUGCUGCACACUAGUUGGCCUUGAUCGUUGUCCGAUCGCUCAUUUUAUUAGGGAGUACAUAUUUUAGGACUCAUGCAUUCGUUCA